AUGCCGAGCAUCCGAGCUCCGGCGUCCAAGCAGACGGCCACGCUACAGGUGGCUGUCAAGUGCAGGCCAUUGACCGACACCGAGCAGCGGCGCUCGCGGCAUAUCAUACAGGUCAUUGAUGACAAGACUGUGGUUGUGCUGGACCCUGAUCUGUCAAAGGACUACCUGGACCUCAUCCAGAACCGGACCAAGGAAAGGAGAUAUACCUUCGAUCAUGUGUACGCGCCUGGAUGCUCCAAUUCGGACGUGUAUAAGAAUAUAUCCUCUACAAUUGCUGGUGUAGUCCAAGGCCUUAAUGCAACAGUCUUUGCUUAUGGUUCUACUGGAAGUGGCAAAACUUACACUAUGAUUGGAACCCAUAGCGAUCCUGGUCUGAUGGUUCUUAGCUUCCGUACAAUUUUUGAGCUGAUAAAAAAGGAUGACAGUAAGGAUGCAUUUGAAGUUUCAUGUUCAUAUCUGGAAGUGUACAAUGAGGUUAUCUAUGAUUUGCUUGAGAGAUCCUCUGGACACCUGGAGCUUCGAGAAGAUCCUGAGCAUGGCAUAAUAGUUGCUGGAUUGAGAAGCAUUAAGGUUCACUCCGCAGAUAGGAUUCUUGAGCUGUUGAACAUAGGCAACAGUAGGCGCAAGACAGAGAGUACAGAAGCAAAUGCUACUUCUUCACGGUCACAUGCUGUACUUGAGAUUACUGUAAAGCGAAACCAGAAAGGCCAAUAUGGUAACCAAGUUCUUCGUGGAAAGCUUGCCUUGGUUGAUCUUGCGGGCAGUGAGAGGGCCUCCGAAACAAACAACUUUGGGCAAAAGCUUAGAGAUGGAGCCAACAUCAAUCGGUCACUCCUAGCAUUAGCAAAUUGCAUCAAUGCCCUAGGCAAGCAAAACAAGAAAGGUCUUGCCUAUGUUCCCUAUCGCAACAGUAAAUUAACUCGAAUUCUAAAGGAUGGGCUGUCUGGUAAUUCUCGAACUGUUAUGGUUGCUACAAUAUCACCAGCUGAUGAUCAGUAUCAUCACACAACAAAUACACUCAAGUACGCAGACCGUGCUAAAGAGAUAAAAACACAUGUCCAUAAAAAUAUUGGAACACUUGACACUCAUGUUGAAGACUAUCAGAGGAUGAUCGACAAUCUUCAGGAAACUGGUGAGAAUGUUCAAGAACGCAUAAAUCUUCAGAAGGCCCUGUUUGAACUCGAAGAAACCAAUAAGCGCAACCGAAUGGAACUCCAGCAUCUUGACGAUUCUAUUGCAAGGCAUCAGGUGAAAGAAAUGGACUCUACAGUUCUCCAAGCUUUAACAUCAAGGAGACAAGUUAUUCUUGACAACAUCCGUGAUAAUGAUGAAGCUGGUUCUGGAUAUAGAAAGGACAUUGAAAUGAAUGAGAGUCGCAGGCGACAACUCCAGGAUAUGAUUGAGGAAGCCGUCAGUAACAAUGGCAAUAAAACCUACCUGCACAUUCUCAGCCAGUACAGACUACUUGGAAUGACUAAUGCUGAGCUUCAAAUUGAGAUGGCUAUGCGGGAUCAAGUUAUACAUAAUCAGAGGGAAGCUCUAAGGAGCCUGUGGAACAUUCUCUAUGGAACGGGGCUAAACCAGAAGCAGAUUCUUAAAUUGGCUGCAAAGCAAGGAUUAACCAUAGAAGGCUGUCCUUUGCCUAGCUCAAGCCCAGAUGUUACCACACCACCUUCCUUUCCACCUCAUAGAAGAUUUCCAUCGUUUAUGUCAUUUCCUAGUCCGCAGUCAGAGCCUUAUUCUCCGUCUGCUUGCUUUUUCCAACAUGGUUUCAGCACUAUGUCUUUGCUGAAAAAUCAGCAUGAGACACCCACCAUAUGUAGGCAGGAGCACCUCAGUUCUUACUACAUGAUGUCUGGCUGCUCGCCUUACUCUGGUGAUGGAAAACAGUGGUCAAGUGGAAGACCUAUGACAUUCUUUUCUACUCCAGAAAAACCUAAGGAGGUGAGCAGUGUAUAUCGGGAAACAGAGAAUGCACAGUCCCAACACAACAAGGAACAUUCUGGCAGUCAUGAUUUCAGUCUGCAUAGAAAGGAUCUGUGGCCCAUGGAAAGGAAGUGA